AUGGAAGGGAAGGUCCUACAACUUAACAUCUAUAUGAUUACUGGGGGAACCACCGCUCCCCAGGGGCCCAUGUUCAAACGAAUGAGAACGUCCGUUACAAAAGAAGGACUAUCCCAAGAACAUAUACCCGAAGAUACCCUCAUAUUCAGCGAGGAGGACCUCAAGGCUAUGACCGAACUGCACAACGACGUGCUAGUGAUCUCGUUCCUCUUAAACAACACCAGAAUAACGCACAUGCUUGUGGAUCCAGGCAGCUCAGCCAACAUAAUCAGGUCGGAAGUAGUAGAGCAGCUGGGGCUGCUCAAUCAAGUCGUUCCCAUCCCUCGAAUCCUCCACAGCUUCAACAUGAUCGGUGAAGUAACGAAAGGAGAGAUUACCCUCCCUAUCAACACAUCUGGUGCAAUCCAGAAUACCGAGUUCCAGGUCAUUGACGACGACAUGAGAUACAACGCCUUACUCGGUAGGCCUUGGAUACACAACAUGUGGGCAGCGCUCUCAACCUUGCCAGUCUUGGAGGAGGAGGGAAGCGUGUAG